AUGUGUUUAUAUAUAGCUGGGAGCAAAACCAGAAAGAGGAGCAGAGCAGGUGAACGAUAUUUUGAAGAAUUUAAUUCUCAUUUUUGGGAGAGACCCGAAACUCCAUUCGACAUAUUGCAUAAUACAAACACAUCUACCAGAAGACGACACCAUAACCGUACCCCACCACCAAUUUACGAAAUGCCAUCAAUUCCAAGUAUAAAUUGCCGUGAAUUCUCCACUAGUCAAAGGGAUCGAUCUGCAUCACCCAUUCGAAGAGCUACUAGUGAAAGGAAUGAGGAUACCAGUGAAACAGUCACCACUGGUAAUAAUCGAGAUAAUGGAAACAAUGAAAAUAAUGUAAAUGCUAUGAGUGGAGGUUCAGGUCGUAAUGCAGAUAAUGUGAGUGGGGAUUCAGGUUGUAACGCAAAUGUUGUAGGUGGAAAUUUAGAUGUGACAUACUCAUCUUCAUCUGAUUCAAAAAUGUCGACCACUUCCACUCCAGCUCACAAUGCGACCGAAGAAACCACUUUAGCUGAAGCGGUUAGAAACUUGGACACAGAAAAUUUUAUCGAAUUUUUACAUGGGAAAAAAGACUUGCAACUCGACGAAGCUGAUUUCAAAAUCCUUUGUGAUGAGAAGAUCGCCA